CGAGACUUACAGAAUUGCAGUGUUUUCAAGCCGGCAUGUUUGACCGCAGCGUCACCCUGCUGGAGGUGUGUGGCAGCUGGCCUGAGAGUUUCGGACUGCGUCACAUGUCCUCUGUGGAAGCCACGGAAGAGGGCCUGAAGGAGAGGCUGGCAGACGCAAUGUCAGAGUCGCCCAGCAGAGACAUUGUGGGCUCUGGGACAGCAGAGCUGCAGAGGGAGGGAAGCAUCGAGACGCUCAGCAAUAGUUCUGGCUCCACCAGUGGCAGCAUUCCCCGAAACUUCGAGGGCUACCGGUCCCCUCUCCCCACCAAUGAGAGCCAGCCCCUCAGCCUCUACCCCACCGCAUUCCCCUAAAACCAGCCGUCCCGCCCACAUCUCAGACCCAAGGAAAACCUCUCUGUCGCCUUUGGACAAUCUUGACAGUGCAACCACAACACAUCACCCACGAGAGAGGCCACACUCUCACCCUGCAUCCUGCUCUCCUAUAUCAUUUCUCUCUUCUUUGAAAUGUGGAUUUUCCUUUAAUCAAACUCGGCAUGCAGGAAAACAAUGUUCGAUCAGGCCCGGUGUUAACAUCCCUCGUCAUUCACUUCCCUUGUAGAUUAAUUUUAAUGUUACCUCCACCUGAGAGAGAGAGAGAGCGCAAAUAUUAACUUUGAUGGGUCGGAUGUACUGUAGAAGGGAUCCACUGGAGUUGCCACUUUUCUCAAAGAUGUGUCAUAUUACCAAUAUCAUUAUCAAUCGAACUUCCAGUGCGUAUCUUUAUUGAACGCAUGUGCAUGAGUGAGAGUGUGUCUUCAUCAGAUACGAGUCCUGAUUACCUCUCAGUAGUUGAGUUUAGGUUUGAGCUUAGAAAGCGCAAUGCUGAUUUUUUUUCCGAUCAACACUUCAUUAGACAAAUAGUGUUUGAUAUAUUUUAGUAAACGUGUACUGUAACAUUUGAAUUGAUUUGACUUUUAUAGGUAAUCAAACAUGGUUAUGUUUACCAUUUAAUCUUGUUACAUUAUAGUGUUCAUUAUU